AGUCAACGAUGGAAUUCUAGGUUGUAUCUGACAGAACAUUGUGAAUACUGUAAUGUAAGAAAUGUAUUUGUUUACUGUACUCAUUUAUAUAUUACUGUAUUUUUGUACUGAGCAGGACAGUAACAUAACAUUGCAAAUGGUAAUACAAUUGUCCAUUGAAUUCUAUGUCUAGGAUUGAAAGACAACCUCAUAUUGGUGGCAGAGGACGACUCCUCAGUCAACAACAGGAGCAAGAAAUCUGCAAUAUAGUGACGACAAAUAAUGCCAUCACACUGAGACAGAUCCGCACAAAAAUCUUACAGGACGACAACAUAUUCCAAAACAUCAAUGCAAUCAGCAUCUCCACAAUAGCAAGGGUUUUGAACAAGCAUCAGAUGACCAUGAAGCAACUCUACAGGGUACCAUUUGAGAGGAACUCUGAUAGAGUGAAAGAGCUGCGGUACCAGUAUGUACAUAGAAUAAUGGCAUUGGAAGGGAACGAGACUCCUCACAUCCUCGUCUUUGUGGAUGAGGCUGGCUUCAACCUGGCCAAAGGAAGAAGACGUGGCCGGAAUAUUGUCGGCCACCGGGCCACAGUCGAUGUCCCAGGCCAGCGUGGGGGCAACAUAACAAUGUGUGCUGCCAUUUCAGAGAAUGGCGUUGCCGCCCACAUCCCAAGUCUCGGCCCAUAUAACACCGCAAAACUCCUCGUCUUCUUGGAUCACCUGUAUUCAAAUCUGGUCCCAGAAAAUGAGAGAGGUGCAGUAGGGCCUAAUUUGCCAAUGUUUGUCAUUGUGUGGGACAAUGUUAGCUUCCACCGUGGCCAGCUUAUCAGAGACUGGUUCACUGCUCACCAGAGAAUGAUGAAUGUCUUCCUACCACCAUACUCGCCCUUCCUUAAUCCUAUCGAGGAAUUUUUCUCAGCCUGGAGGUGGAAGGUAUAUGAGCAGCGGGCUCAGAACCAGAGGUCCCUGCUCCAAGCCAUGGAUGCCGCUUGUGGUGAUGUCACACCAGAUCAGUGUCGGGGAUGGUUGCGACACGCAUGCGUAGAUUCUUCCCCGUUGCAUCGCGCGGAGAGUAUUCGUUGUGAUGUAGACGAAAAUCUGUGGCCAGACAGACAGCAGCGGGAGGGCGGCCAGGAGAAUGAGGAUGAGGAGGCGGACAAUGAGUUUGAGUAA